UUUUUUAGAGUUCUGAACGAGUCAUCAACAACGCGAGCUCAGACUCUCUCUCUCUCUCUCUCUCAUCAACUUUCUCUGCAAGUUCACUCUCUCAACGACGAAACGAGCCGACCAUGUCGUCGUCUUCUUCCUCGUCCUCCUCGCCGCCGUGCCCGAAGAAGAUGAUCACCCUGAAGAGCUCCGACGGGGAGACCUUCGAGAUCGAGGAGAUCGCCGCCCUGCAGUCCAAGACCCUCGAGAACAUGAUCGACGAGAACUGCGCCAGCACCCCGAUCCCGUUGCCGAACGUCAAGGGCAAAAUCCUGGCCAAGGUGGUGGAGUUCUGCACCAAGCACGCUGAGGCCGGCGCCGACGCCGAGACCCUCCGCGCUUGGGACGCCGAGUUCGUCAGCGUCGAGCACGCCAUCGUCUUCGACUACAUCCUGGCAGCAAAUUUCCUGGAAAUUCCAACCUUGCUGGACUUGGCAUGCGAGUCUGUGGCAGAGAUGAUCAAGGGCAAGACUCCAGAUGAGAUACGCAAAUUUUUCAAUAUCAAUAACGCAUUCUCACCGGAAGAGGAAGAAGACGUGCGUAGGCAGAACCAGUGGGCAUUCGAAUGAAAGCCUCGGCGAAUUCCCGUGUCCUUUCUCUUGUGUUUCUAGUGUGAAGGAGUUCCGUUUCUUUUUCCUGCCUUCCUACUGAUCAGACAUGGGCUUUUGAACUGUUGUUUACUUCGCGCACGGUGGACUCUUAUGUGAAUUAUUCCGACGUAAUACAGACGAACAUUCAAACGAAAA